ACACUAACUCACGGUCACUGUGAAUGUUUUUAUUGGAGCCCACAUAACUGUUAAGCAAAAUCCAUUUUAAAGGUUAUUUACAUGUUUAAAAAUAUGUGCAUUUUCGACGACUGGAAGUAAUGCUAACUUAACAAGUCGGGAAGCUAGCUUGCAUAAACCCUCGGUGUGGUUUUUAUAUCGCGCUACGGAGAAAACUACACAGUAAUUUUAGGACAUAUUUAUAUACAGUUUAUAAUUUUUUUGUCCUUCGAAGAAAAAAACGUAACAACAAAAGAACAUUUUAUGAGCGCAAAUCAAUUACACCCUCUAUCCACCCUUUGCAGUUUACAUUAUCUGACGCAGAUAUAUGAGAUUUGGCUUUCGAGUGAAAAUUUAGCUCUAUUGCAAUAUGACUUUUACAGAUGAAUAAAACCAGAGGUGGAUAGAGUAGCUAAACUUUUAUCUCAAGUAAGAGUAGAAUUACUUCUAAAUAUAAGAUUACUCAAGAAAAAGUAAAAAUAGUCAUCCAAAAAUUUACUCAAAUUGAAGUAAUAAGUGUAUUCGUUGAAAAGAAUAUUCAAGCACUGAGUUAACUGCUUACAAUGGCUAUAUUAUUUUUUUAAAUAAUGGUGUAUUUUUUUCCAAGCACAACUUCAUCUAAAUGAACUGUUAUUAUUUUAAUAUAAUAUAACCUAUAUUACAUAACCACACUAGGCCUAAAGAUCAAAUCAAAUUGCUUCAAGACCAGAACAACAAUGGCGUACCGCACGCAGGCUAUUUUUAGACCGUGACGUCGCAUCAUAAAGCGGAAGUGAAGCCGAAGUGGGACAUUAUAGACCCGCCCUCACAUAGACGCAACGUAAUUUGUGCUACUUUUCUCCGGUAAUCUUUCAAAAACGAACUUGCCGAUCACGCAUUGCUUUUUUGGUACUUGUAGAAACGACUAGACAUUACGACACAUGAAGGAUGUUUUCUUCAUACGUUUCCGGAAACCAAAAACUCGGGAGGAAAAAAUGUGAAGACUGUAUCAACUUGCGCGGACUUUAACACCAGCUCGGUGAAUCCAUUCACAUUUCAUAUGCAUAAAACAUUAUGUUGGGUUGGCAUGGUCUUUCAGAGGACAAAGAGAUGUCUUUAACAUAGGACCUAAUCCUACUUACUCAAUGAAGAACUGAAGAAUGGCGUCAGAGUUGGAAAAAGCAAUUGCUGAUGCAUUCAAGAGUAGGAACAUUACAGCUCUGGGCGGAUUCCUGCAAAAACCCAUAAAUGAAGCUGUCAAAUGUUCUGCAGAGUUUCUGAAUAAACUGGAUAUUCUCAUCAAUCAGAGCUUGAGUGAAAAAGAUUCCAAUGCUGUCAGUAUUGCUCUCACAGUCAUCUAUAAGUGGGGGAAGAACCUGAAAUUUCCUAUGGGCACUCAAGGAAUUACAGGACUUAUAGACCAAGGAUUGAUCCAGAAGAUGGUUCAGUGGUUUGACAAAUGCAAACAACUGUGGAUUCUGCAUGGACCACAGUUCGAUCAGUCUUUGUCCAGAUUGUCAGAAGACUUCUUUGAUGUUUUAACGAUGGUCCAUAAAGCAUCCAAAGAUGGAAUGUUUGGAAUCCAGUUCUUCCUGUAUCAUAUUGGUCACUUGGUAAACGAUGCCAGAAUUUUCAUUUUCAUCAGAAAAAAGGCUAUUUCCACAUUGACCAUAAUUCUGAAAAAUGUCCCAGCUUCACCUGAGAGGGAAAAGUUCUUCACAUCACUGGAUACCUCAGAUAUUAUGACGAACCUUGCUGGUCAAAUAAUGCAGUGUGGCGAUUAUGACAUGCAGGUUUCUCUGAUUGAAGUAUUAUUCCGGCUGACUACUACUGAUCAAAGACAGAAGCUGUCUUCUCACUGGUUCAGCAUGGCUCAAGUUGCCUGUGCCUUUUGGCAAAUAAAGCCUUUGGAGUUUGAAGUGGAUUGUCGCACAUUUCUGAUAUUUGUGAAUGGAUUACAAGGUGAAAAUGGAAGAGUAAUGUCCUACCCAUGUUUGGAGGUUUACCUGGACGCUUUCAAGUUGCUGAAGCCUUCCGACGACAAGCUUAGCAAAUUCUGGAUUGACUUCAACCUCGGCAGUCAAAGCAUCUCCUUUUAUUUCUCACUUUGUGAUGAAAAGUCUCCGACAAGUCUCUGGGAUUCAAUCUGUAUCUCUGAGAAUGAGCUCCAAAGUUACACUCUUACAGAGAAGGGAACAAAACAAAUUUUACAGUUACGGCUCUCUGAAGUGGUCAUGACAGGUAGCUUGCAAGGAUCAAGUAUCACCAUCAUCUUCUGCUCCACCCUGAACAUCCUGCAGACUGUUUGUUGCAUCUAUGGACACAGAAAGUACAAAAGCACCAUUAGAAAGACAUCUGUUGCAAAUAUGACACUUAAUAUCAUUGAGGAAGACAAAUCCCAGAAUUGUAUCCCAGAGAGUCAACUGUCCCUUGGUGUUGAUGUUAAAAACAUUAACAACUUCCUUGGAGCCGUAGAAACAUCUUCACAAGUACCAGCCAAUAUGAUGCUUUCAGAGCUGACUACUUUCAGCAACAGAAGUUCAAAAGGGCGCACACAUCAGUCUAACAAUCCAGAUGAGAACAAAAGGAAACCCUUUCUGAAGAUGUUUUGUCCUUCUGAUAGAAAGAAAUGUGCUAACAUAGCACAGAAAAAGACCCCUGUUGAUGAAAUCAUCAAAUGUGGAAUGACAAAGCAGACCAUACCACUAAUAAGUGAAUCAGUAAAGAUAGAGGGACAGGGUACAGAACAAUCUCAAGAGGAUACUUUUGUGCCCGGUACCCAGUUGUUAACUGAGAGAAACAUGGCUUGGAGAAAUAACUUGUCAGCUAAUGAAAUACCAUCAACUGUUCAAAAAAAUCCACUGUCAAACCACGAGCAAUUUGCAAAUGAUGCAAAGAAACAAAAGCAACCCAUAUUUGCCUCUAAAGAAAAAAUCUCAAGGAGCUCAUAUGAUUUGGAGCUGUAUAUUCUCAAAGAGAUGCAAGCCCAGGGGAAACAAGUUGACAAUCCUAUUUACAGAGAGAGACACUCGUUGGUAGAAACUUCCAGUAGGAAAUCUACAUCCAAACAGGAGACAAAUUCUAAUGAUAUGAGACCUGUGGAAGGCAAGAUGGCCAAAUCUAUCUUGAGUUAUUAUACCACAAACAGGCAACCUAAAGAAAAUGCUGGAAGUCGACAAGAGCACUGGAUUCCACCAAGUGUCAACAGUAUGAGCUUGCAUCCUGCUAAUAAAGAAAAUGCACGAGCAGGAGAUGUAACCAAACUCCUUAGUAAGAUCCCAUCAAACUCUGCAAACCAAAGAAAACAUGUUUAUGAAUUCACCACUGAUGAUCAAUUUAGCCCUGAGGCAACAUACAACACAUUUAUUGACAAAUCAGCCACAUCAUGCAAAGGUUUCUGUAAAUCACCGGGGCAUUCUAAAACAACCUGUACAGGAGAACUGGCAGCAAAUGAGAAGCGGAAUGGGAAGAUGCAACUGUUCGGUGCCAAAGACAAUACUAAUUUCCCAGAUGCCAGCUGGCUGAGAGAGCCAAACAAGAAAGCCACUACACGUGCCCAAAAGCAACCAAUGACAGUCAAAGAAUUUCAGGCUCAUAAAUCAAAUGAAAUCACAGCUGUACCCCGAGGCGUCCUGAAACCUGGAAAAAGAAAUGCAAGACUAAAUAAGGCGAGGUUGCCAAAGAAGGCAAUUUCGGAGCCUGGCAAACCCAGUGUCAACAAAAGACCCCGGCGGGCUGCAACCUUGGGCAAGAACUAUGAAGAGCCAUACACCGAUGAGAGCUCGUCCGAAUUAGAGAUGCCUCAAUCAACCAAGCGGAAUAGUAUUAUUGCCCAACCAAACAAGUCCAGUGUCACAAAGAUUCAUGCCCAAAAACCCACGUCCAAGCGUUCCCAUCCUGACCAACUGGCCUCCCAGUCAUGCACAGAGAGGAGCCAAUGCUCUGAAAUGUCCACCCAUUUAAUGGAGAUGGCCUUCUCUCCUGCUUUCAGUCUGCCACCAUCUUCCACACUAAAGGAGACACCUGUGAUCCAACAGUCUUCACUUUCAGUGGCCUCUUUGCCCUUGGCAUUCAAAAAGGCAUCCGCCAUUGUCACUUCCCCACAUUCACAUUUUUCUGUCUCUGACCUGAAUUGUAGCUUUACUCCAGAAUCUGAUGUAUCUCAGGUUUCUGUUUGUCUUUCCAUUCAAGUUCAGCAAAGCACAAUUGCCUCACAGGCUGAGAAAACACCACAUUCAAAUAAAGAGCCUACUUUCAUCUCAGGACCCUGUCGGAAGCACCACACUUCGUCUCGAAAUUUUGAGGAUCAAAAGGAACAAAGAAAAAAGUGCCCCUCUCGCAUGAAACCUACAGCACUGUUCAAAUCAUAUGCAGAGAAGAUCACUGAGGGCAAAGGACUAGCUACCUGCUCUUCAAUGAUGACAGAUCACUCCACCAUUGAUGGUGGAAAUGAAGAGAUGCACUUGGAGGAUUUAGAGUUACCAAAUGUUGCCAUGAACUUCAGUAAUCUGUCUCAGCUGCUCAGCAACAAACUAAAGAACAAUGUCAAGAUAUUGAACAUGUUUUACAAAGAGAACAUGAGGACCAUCCAGGAACAUAUCUUCGCUCUACACACGCAACUUGGUAAACACAGGAAGCUUGCAAUUGUUCAAAAGGUCUUUCUGAAUGAGGUCCACAAGUUGAAGAAGGGGAGGGCUAUGCUGAGUAGCAUUGAAAAUGACCUAAAGAUAUGCUUGGAAAAGCAGAACACUUUUUUCCAGUCAUAUCACAAGCAGGCAAUCAAAAGCAUAGCGGUCCUGAAGAGAACCCUGAGAGACCUGCGUUUGAGCCAUAAGUACGACGAGCAAUUAUUCAUAUCCCAGAUGGCUCAUCUUAAAAAAGACAUGGAGUCAGUCCAGGCGCGCCUCCUCAGAACAAUGGCAAGUAGACAUUGCAAUGAUAAUUUAUUUUUACACGAGUUUGAUUCCUCUUAAAUUUUGUCUCGUUCACAUUAUUUUUAGUUAUUUUACAACAUAAGUCACAUUUGUAAUACAAAAAGUUGUUGAAUAUUACCUAUUUACAGUAUUAGAAAAAUAUUGACAUUCCUUUGUCCAAUUGCAUAUAAAAAUAUAUGAGAAGAACAGGAGUGUUCAACCUUUUUUGAUUCAAGGUGUAUUUUCAAGUACCGUCUCCGGUCCCCCAAAAUCUGCCCAUUCAGUGUCAACAUUGCAAACCACU